AUCCACGGUGUUCACCAGGUAGCGUGCAGAGAGGGAUCCAGCGUACACGUCUCCGGCGCCGCGCGCCGCCGAUGAGGCCAACCACUGACUGCGUGACUGCGUCGUGGAUGCAGAUGCACAUCGAAGCAAGUUGACCGCGUGCCUCACAGACUCAUAUUAUAGUAUAGUAUCUCUCACGAUCCCGCUCCCGAAAUCGGCAAGUGAAGUCAAACUCGUGCGAAAUAAAAAGUGAACACGAAGAUACGAGCUAGCUCAUUUGUCAUCUCCGAUCCGCCUUCUCCAAUCUCCAGCGGCGCUUGAUUGCCCUGAUUUCUUCAUAGUACGUACGUACGUACACGGGCCCCAAACCGGUGCUCCGGCGAGGAUAUAGCCCCUGCCUCCGGUUUCAGAAGACAUCGAACUCUAUUCACAAGAAUGGCGGACGGUGACGAGCAGGGCGCGGGCGCAGGCGCGGCAGCAGACGGUGCCGCCGUCGACGCAGCGGUGGACCACCGAGGCCGGCCGGCCUCCCGCGCCACCACCGGCGGCUGGAAGUCCGCUUCCUUCAUCAUAGCGGUGGAGAUCGCGGAGCGCUUCUCCUUCUACGGGGUGUCGGCGAACCUCAUCACCUUCCUGACGGGGCCGCUGGGCGAAGGGGUCGCGGCGGCGGCGGCGGCCAUCAACGCGUGGAACGGCACGGCGCAGCUGCUGCCGCUGCUGGGCGGGACGCUCGCGGACAAGUGGCUCGGCCGCUACCGCACCAUCGUGCUCGCGUCGGUCGUCUACAUCCUCGCUGGCCCGGUCGUUUUGUCUGCAUGCACCUGGGUCCGUACAACAAUCAGCAAUAACCAAUAGGAACGGGGGAGCGGCGGGCGAACAGCAGCAUCCUAUUCCUCCUACCUCACUGGCUCACUCUCGUCUCGGUUUACAAAGCCUCCGCCGCCGCAAGUCCACUCCACCCGUUGUCCAGGUUAGUUGGUUGGUUUCAAUUUCGAGUUCGCCGAGCGACAGCUUGCGCCUGCCAUUUCUCGGCUCCGCGUGCCGGAGCUCGUUCAUCUCCAGCUUCUCCGGCCGUUACUCGCUCUGAACCGACGACAGUACCGAUAAAGCCCCGACUCGCCAUCCUCCGGCGACGAUGCCUUCCCGAUCGGAUUCCGACUCCCUGCUGGUGCGCGCCGAGGGCAUGCGCGACGCGGCGCUGGACUACCACGGCCGCCCCGCCGACCGCGGCGCCACCGGCGGCUGGAGGUCGGCGCUCUUCAUCAUAGCGGUGGAGAUCGCGGAGCGGUUCACGUUCUACGGCGUGUCGGCGAACCUGAUCAACUACCUGACUGGCCCGCUCGGGCAGGGCACCGCGGCGGCGGCGGCGGCCAUCAACGCCUGGAACGGGGUGGCGCAGCUGCUGCCGCUGCUGGGCGGGGCCCUCGCGGACAAGUGGCUCGGCCGCUACCGCACCAUCGUCAUCGCCUCGCUCCUCUACAUCCUCGGUCUGGGUAUGUUGGCCUUUUCUACCUUCCUCUCCUCCGGCAGCGGCCACCAGUGCACCGCCGCAGGGGGCCAGAUCUGUGCGCCGUCUGGCCUUAAGGUGACCUUCUUCUACGUCUCCCUCUAUAUCGUGGCCGUGGCGCAGGGCGGCCACAAGCCGUGCGUCCAGGCGUUCGGCGCCGACCAGUUCGACCAGACCGACCCCAAGGAGACUGUCUCCAGGAGCUCCUUCUUUAACUGGUGGUACUUCGGCAUGUGCGCCGGCACUGCCGUCACGCUCGUGCUCCUCAGCUACGUGCAGGACAACAUCGGAUGGGGCCUCGGGUUCGGCAUCCCGUGCGCCGUCAUGGCAGCCGCGCUCGCCGUAUUCCUUCUUGGCACUCGGACGUACCGGUACUACGUCACUGCCGGGCAGGGCCUGUUCGCUCGUGCCGGCGAGGCUUUCGCUGAGUGGCGGAGCAGGCGCAAGGCGGGCCAGCUUGUUCAGGAUUCCCAAGAACUCGAUCCGCCCGCAGCAGAUGCGCCAAGGUUCAGUGCUGGCGUCGAUGUGGAGGAGCAGGCUGCAGUGAGAAAUAAUGGAGGCCUCGUCAAGGAGGCCAAGGCCAUCAUCCGUUUGUUCCCGAUAUGGGCGGCAUGCCUGCUCUACGCGGUGGCGUACUCGCAGUCGUCGACGUUCUUCACGAAACAGGCGGCGACCCUGGACCGGCGGAUCGGGCGGCACGUCCAGGUGCCACCUGCUGCGCUGCAGAGCUUCAUCAGCGUCACAAUCGUGGUCAUCAUCCCUAUCUACGACCGCGUCCUCGUGCCGGUGUCGCGCCGGUACUCCGGCAAACCAUCAGGGAUCACCAUGCUGCAGCGCAUCGGCACGGGGAUGUUCCUCUCGCUCUUGUCCAUGGUGAUCGCGGCGCUCGUCGAGAAGCACCGGCUCCGCGUCGCGGGGGACGCUGGACUCGUGGACAAGCCGAAGGUCCCAGUACCGAUGAGCCUGUGGUGGAUGGUGCCUCAGUACGUGCUGUUCGGGGCCGCCGACGUGUUCACCAUGGUCGGGCUGCAGGAGUUCUUCUACGACCAGGUGCCCGACAAGCUGCGCAGCCUCGGGCUGGCGCUCUACCUCAGCAUCUUCGGCGUCGGCAGCUUCAUCAGCAGCGCGCUCGUGUCGGUCAUAGACAGGGUGACGACGGACAGAGGCGGGAGCUGGUUCUCCAACAACCUGAACCGUGGCCACGUGGACUACUUCUACUGGCUGCUCGCGGCGCUCAGCGCCGUCGAGCUCCUCGCCUAUGUCUUCUUCGCGGUGACAUACAAGUACAAGAACAGAGGAGCCGUACAUGCAACUGUUGAUGGUUAGCGGGAGGAGUAAGUACAUAGUAUAGGUUAUGGUGCAUCGUACUUGUAAAUCUCUCUUUUUUUCCUCAACUAGGAUUUGUGAUCCAAACUUUACCUUCGAUAAUGAUUCCCGUUUUUUAUGAAUUGGUGGGCCAUGUGGUCAUUCAAUUUUUAGGAAUGUACAACUCUGAGACUGAA